UGAGGCUAGAGCAUCUCAAGCCUUGAUCUAGAUAUUUCACUUUUCAACUUUCAUUGCCAUACCUUGGUGAGUAGUGUGGCCUUGGUAUUUGCACAAUGAGGAAGAGUUACACUUUUCAAAGGGUGCCUCUGCUGCUUCUUCUUUGCUUUUGUUUUGCCAAUUCUGCUGCUGUAACUGCUAAUGAAGACUCUACAGCUGGAACUGAGGUGAACAUUGAUGGCAAGCCUUUACAUACAAAGCCAUUUCCAAUAGAGGAAAAGACACUUCCAAUACCGUUGUUUAAGCCUCUACCAAAAUUGGUUCCAAUUGUUACACCUAUACCAAAUCCUCUGCCUAUCCCAGUUUUCCAAAAGCCUAUACCAAAGUGGAUUCCAGAUAUUAAGCCUAUACCAAAUCCAAUUCCAAUUCCAGUAUUCCCAAUCCCAGUGUUUAAGAAGCCAAUUCCAGAUGUUAUGCCAAUACCAAAGCCAUCUCCCAUAGUGGAAAAACCAAAGCCAAAGCCUUGCCCAGUAGCCAAGAAACCUAUUCCUACUCCGGUGAUUAAGAAGCCUAUACCAAAGCCAUCUCCCAUAGUGGAAAAACCAAAGCCAAAGCCAAAGCCUUGCCCGGUAGCCGAGAAACCUAUUCCUACUCCGGUGAUUAAGAAGCCUAUACCAAAGCCAAUUCCAAUUGUUAAGCCAAUUCCAAAACCAUCUCCAAUAGUGAAAAAACCACUACCUAUUCCAGUAAUUAAGCCUGUACCAAAAUCAACUCCAACUGUAAAGCCAGUUCCUAUCCCAGUGUACAAGCCUAUCCCCAAGCCAUUUACAAUAGUAAAAAAGCCUCUACCUAUUCCGGUAAUUAAGCCCGUGCCCGUGCCAGUUCCAAUUAUUAAGCCAAUUCCUAUUCCUGUGUUCAAACCUAUCCCCAAGCCAUUUCCUAUACCAUUGUUCAAGCCAAUCCCAAAGCCAUUUCCUAUUCCAUUUUUCAAGCCUAUCCCAAAGCCAAUCCCAACCGUGAAAAAGCCUCAACCUAUUCCAGUAACAAAGCCUUUACCUAAUCCAGUUCCAGUUGUUAAGCCAAUUCCAAAGCCAACACCAAUGGUGAAAAAGCCUCUACCUAUUCCCGUAACAAAGCCUAUACCAAAACCAAUUCCCAUUGUUAAGCCCAUUCCUAUUCCAGUGUUCAAGCCCAUCCCCAAACCAAUUCCAAUAGUGAAAAAGCCUCUACCUAUUCCAGUAACUAAGCCUAUACCCAAGCCAGUCCCAAUUAUUAAGCCAAUUCCCAUUCCAGUAUUCAAGCCUGUCCCAAUUAUUAAGCCAAUUCCCAUUCCAGUAUUCAAGCCUAUCCCAAAGCCAUUUCCAAUAGUGAAAAAGCCUCUACCUAUUCCAGCAAUUAAGCCUAUACCAAAGUCAAUUCCUUCACUAAAAAAACCUCUACCUACUCCAACAAUUAAGCCUGUACCCGAGCCAGUUCCAACCGUUAAACCAAUUCCGAUCCCAACAUUCAAGCCUUUUCCAAAGCCAUUUCCAUUUGUGAAAAGGCCUUUACCUAUUCCUCCAAUGAUGAAACCUAUACCAAAGCCAUUUACAUCUGUUAAAAAGCCUCCACCUAUUCCAAUUUCCAAACCUAUUCCAUAGCCAUUUUCCAUUUUUAUGAUCAGGCCUAUACCAAAACAAAUUUCAUUUGUUAAAGCCUAUAUAAGCCUUUCUUCAAAAACUUAUUGUUCCCUGAAUACCACUUCUUUAUUGCAUAUAUUUUCUUAUGCUUAUGAAGUUAUCCACUCCAAUUUGAAAGGAGAUAUCCACUACAAUAUUUACAGGGCGACGCCUGUGUCUCGAGAUCAAUGCUGUACGGGUUUGCAUGUAUCCUAUUGUAUUUAUCUUGGAAGUUGAAUUGGAAUGUAAAAGUUUUUUUGCCUCUAUGAAACUGCCAAAUGUUGCCGCUAUUGUAACUCGAUUGAUGAUCUACUAAUCAAGGAAUGAUGUGUAGUAUCUGGUUUUGGUUUACUAAUUAAUAGUUGUUGUUAGUGUUGA